AUGUCUCGGAGUCGACAAUCGGUGCGAUAUUACUUUUGGUUGGAGUCGAGGCAUGCCCGACUAGGAACGGUAUCGCAAGUAGACCUGCAUAUGGGAGCUGUGCAGCUUCUACUUACAACUUGCGAGAAAUCAGGUGUUCGUCUUACCGAAGGGAUCAAACGUGCGACAUUCUGGCAAGACCUGAAUUCCUCCGUCCUAGUUGGUUCAAAACGCAUGUUCCACCAUAAGAGCUUUGCAGAGAUCAAGUGGGAAAGAGACUCUAUUUCUAGGGAUCUCCUACAACUACCAGCAGGCUUCCAGAUACGUUCCCAUCUCUUCAUCGAUGAGUUUAUAGAAGUGCUAGAAGAUAUAUACGCCCUUGAACGCAUCCGCGACGAUUACCGACCGGCCGAUUGCGUAGUAUCGGGAGUAUUCAUCAAUGGCCACACGGCAUCCAUACAAUCUCGGCUACAAGCCCUCCCGAAGGAGACAUCAAUGUCGAGAUGUUGCUAUCUUGGAUCGUAUCUAUGUUCUGUCAUGCUAUGCUGUACGGCCAACAUAUCAACGCAGUUGCUCCAUGAACUUCAGGAGACAUACCAUAAUCCCGUGUGGGAUGAUGAUGCCGAUUUAUUGCUCUGGCUUAUCUACAUGGGGGGUGCAUUCUCCCCCUGUGGACCUGUACGCUCAAGUUACAUCAAUAUGUUGAGAUCAGCAAUGUCUGAACGAUACGGUGUGACGAAGUCAUGGACUGAGACAUAUGAGAUACUGAGGGACUUUCUUUGGUCAGAUGUGGCUUUCAGAAUUGAAGUCAGGAAAGUCUGGGAAGAGGCAUUCGCGCAAUGA